GACAGGUCGGGUGUGCGGGCUUGCCCCGCGCGCGGCGCCGUCCUCGGCGGCGGGAGCGAGGACGCCGCACCCGGGAGCCCCUGGGCGCCCGAACUUUCCCCGCGCACGCACCCCGCCGGUAGCUGGGACCUCAGCGCGUCCCACCCAAGGUCGCCCAGCCCCGCUCGCGUUUACUUUUCAAAGGUCGUGUGUACCCAGUCGGAGCCCGGACGGGCGAGGCGGCGGCGGGGCGGGCGUAGGCAGGGCCGGGUGCUCCGAGGGCGAGGAGGUCCCCCAGGCCCCGCGGGAACCCCCUCUCCCGCUGAGGAAGGGGAGUUUCUUGGGUCCUUCGGGUCCUCUUCUAACUUCUGGGCCCCGUGGGCUCGCCCCGGGUGGCCCCGGCGAUGGUGGCAAGCCUGAUGGAGGCAAGCUCUCCAAACCGCUGGAGUUCCCUGCGGAGAACGUGGGGAGACUCGGCGGGCGGCCGGAGCCGGGAGGAUGCGUUGGGAGGCCGGCUGUGAUCCGAACGGUGUGUGGGGCGGAGGAGCGAUCAAACCAAGUUCGCGUCCGGAGGUCCAGGGCUACGCCGUGUCGAGAGGAAACAGCGUUGGCAGAAGUAGAGGUUGUCCAGCUUGAGGUGCCUUGUUAACUUCAAGCCUUCUCCCUACCCAUCCUCCCGCCUGGGGGCGCCUAGGGUCACGUGCACCCCACCCCCACCCCGCCUCAGGCCGGAGAUCUGGAGAAACCACGCACCCUUCUGGGGUGUGGGUUAAAAAUGUGCUCUCAGAGGCCACGGGGCUGGACACUUAAGAGGCGGGCUAAAUAGUUUCAGUUAUGUAGUGCCCCAGGUUACGUUCUUCCUG